AUGUCCUCGAAGAGAAAACAGUCCUCGCUGGGCCUUGAGAGGCGCGUGCGCGCCAGGCGGGAAGAUGAUUGGGAGCCGGAACCGGGGUCUGAAGGAGAAUCAUCCCAGGAUGACUUGUCCGAGGAGCGGACGGGCGGCGACGACGACGACGACAACAGCAGCUCAGCUGCUUCAGAUGACGAGUCCGAGUCUGAGUUAGAGUCAGACGAUUCCGACGCCGAUGAAAACGCUCCACAUGUCAACCUUUCCUCCGUCUCCUUUGGAGCUCUAGCCCGCGCGCAAGCCUCCCUCCCGCCCCCGAACCGCAGGUCAAAGAAGGCUUCUGCCGACGACACGCCUGCAACAGACAAGGUCCAAGACGAAGCGGCCAAGCGCGGCGGCACCAAGAAGGCAGAGGCCAAGCCCACGCCGAAACGCUCCUCCAAGCACGCGCCCCAGGAGCAGACGUCCAAGAGGCCCGUGUCCCGCCGGCGCGAGAUCCUCGCCGACCCGCGCCGCAAGCACCGCGACCCGCGCUUCGACCCCCUGGUCGGCAGCGGCCACCUGGACGAGUCCCAGGCCAGCAAGGCCUACGCCUUCCUCGACGAGUACCGCGACAGCGAAAUGGCCGACCUGCGCGCGCAGAUCAAAAAGACAAAGGACGCCGAUGCAAAGGAGCGCCUCAAGCGGCAGCUCAUGUCGAUGGAGUCGCGCCGGAAAGCCACGCGCAAAAAGCACGACGAGGAGGCGCUGCUGCGCGAGCAUCGCCGCCACGAAAAGGAGCUCGUGGCGCAGGGCAAGAAGCCCUUUUACCUCAAGAAGCGCGAGCAAAAGGAGCGGCUGCUGACGAAGCGCUACGAGGGCAUGAGCAAGGGCCAGGUGGACAAGGCAAUUGCGAGGAAGCGCAAGAAGGUUGCGGGCAAGGAGAAGAAGGAGCUCGACUCGCUGGAGAGGGUCAGGGAUCGACACUAG